AUGACCAAAUCCAACAUCUCAAAGCGAAAGCACGCAUCGCGGCGUGCAACUAGAUACGCUUCUUGGAAGAGAAGUAUGCGGAGCCGUCGUCUCGACAAGUUUACAUAUCGGCGCCGCACUGCGGAAAUCGGGUCUCACAAGAUAAAGCAGAGUAAGAUUGACCUUGAUCCCGCUGUCGGGAUCAGCCACGAUACCAGUCCCAACCGACCCAGUGUGGAAAUUACGGCUAAUCGUGAUGUUUUAGGAUCCACCGCACGGGCGCUGGCCGGCAAUAUUGGCAGCGGGAUACUCAAAGCAGCAUCCGGAAUCGGGGCAUCCAUUUCCCUAACUCAACUGGCCCCAACUGCGGCGGCACCGCCUAUUGAUGCGUGCGACGCAGAUGCUCCCACAUCAUUGAGCGCUACCUCUGAGCGGGCUGUUAUAGAGGGAGCGACCGAUACAUGGGUGAGUGCCGUUGCCGACUCGGUCAGUGCUUUGCUGGCAGCCCUGACCAGUACAAGGGAUACAAAGCGCAUUGAGGAGCACGCAGAUAUCUGUCGGGUAAAUGACAUGUCCUUGGAGAUAACGUCGAUGAUCAACGACGUUGUCAAAGCUUCCCCUGGCAGUACGGAGAGCGGCCGUGGAAUUGCCGAAGUGGUAUUCCAAUUCGCGAAGACAUUCAGUGAAACUAUGUCUGAAACUGCAGCCAAAGCUGAAAAUUCAGACGACGGCACCGCAUUUGUCAAUAUGGUACGAAAAGCACGAGUGAACUUCAACGCCGCAUAUGGCCGACUUGAAGCCGCGCUCAAAGUCAAACCCGAGUGUCGCAGGCAGCCGUCGCCUGUCACCUGUUAA